GACGUUUUUCGUCAAUUUUCGGAGACGGUGUUGCUCGGUGGGUGUUCGGUGAAGGUAGCAUCAUGGCGUCAGGAACAGGAGAGUCGUCCGCUGGACACGACGCAGAACUGGACGAAUUAUUGGACAGUGCGUUGGAUGACUUUGACAAGACACCUGCCCCUGCAGCCCCUGAACCAGCAGGUGCUUCCUCCUCAGCUGACAGUGGUGCAGAGAAGCCACCCCUCCUUGAGGACUGCAAGCUCUUUGAGACUCUCUUCGAGGGCGAAAUGGCUGCUCAAGCCAAGGAGGAGUGGGAGAAGGCCAUGACUGAGCUGGCCCAUGAGGAGCCAGAGUUACUGCAGCACUUCCAAAAACUGUCAGAGGCUGCAGGCAAAGUUGGCACAGACACUGCCUCCCAACAAGAAUUCACUUCCUGUCUUAAAGAAACCCUCCGUGGCCUGGCCAAAAAUGCAGACAACCUGCAGUCAACAGGACUAGCUGGAGACGAUCUUGUCAAAGCUCUAGAGGGCCUGGGAUUGGAGGAGGGAGGCGAAGGAGGUGGUGAUGACGGAAACAUCCUGCCCAUCAUGCAGUCCAUCAUGCAGAAUCUUCUCUCUAAGGAAGUGCUUUAUCCAUCUCUCAAAGAGAUCACUAUCAAGUACCCAGAGUGGUUGGAUGCCAACAAGCCGAGCCUUAGCCGAGAGGACUACCAGCGCUAUGAACAGCAGGCCAAAAUCAUGGGAGAGAUCUGUAAGCAGUUUGAGAAGGAGGAAGAGGGGGCAGGGGAUAAAGAGAGCACGUUCGAGAGCAUCAUGGACCUGAUGCAGCAGCUGCAAGACCUGGGCCAACCACCCAAAGAGCUAGCAGGCGAUGCGCCUGCUGGAUUUAACUUUGACAUAGAGUCACUCAAUCUCUCUGGAGGACCUGGGGCCGGGGCAGCAGAGCAGUGCUCCAUCAUGUGAUGAGGUUGCGGCACAGUCCAUCAGAAGCACUAGAGCCAGAGGGUCACUCUGUGUGCGUCAGCAAUGAAGAAGAAGUGAGGGAAGGGAUGACAGAGUGUGAAGCAAAAGUCAGGCAGGAGUGUGACCAGACCGUCAACACUGUUCUCUCUCAAGUAAGAAGGUGUGUGGAUGGCGAGAAACAUCAGGAGGAGGCACAAAAACCAACAGAAACCACACACACACACAAACACACUCUCUUCUUGGUAAAAUCACUGAACGCACAACUGAGAACAUUUUAACAUCUCUGCAAUAGUUUGUCAGCGGUUGCCACAGCUCCUUCACAGUUUAGUUUUAAUAGCAUUCCUUUAAAAAGAAAAUACCACUGCCAGUUACCACAUUGUUUUUACAUACUGUUUAGCCUCAUGGUAAAAUAUAUCAAACCACUUCACGGGUAUAAACGGUGCCUUUGCAAAAUGACUUUAAGUUAUUAUUUUAGGUCUCAUGAUAAAGUGAAUAUUCUGCUACCAUUCAGCUUAGCACUUCAGAUGAUAGAAGUAAUGUGAAUUUGCGAGAUCAUCUAAGGUUUACACCAAGUUUUUGAUCAUUCUUUGGUAUUUCCUUUAACUUAAAAACGCACCUCUGAUUCUGUACAAGCUGUAGAGGAUUUGACUUAACGAUUUAUUAACAUGUAAAGGAACUGGAAAAAAAUGAGUGUUCAUUUAUUCAUUAUUUAAAGAAUUAAAAAUACUUGAGAAGAUUGAUCGCUUCGUGAAAAGUUCCUAGCACUUAACUGUAAUUCAGCCUACUAAUUUAAUGAGACCCAUCCCGUGUGUGUUAUUGCUCCCCAGUCCCAGGUAUUGAUUUGAGGUGAUCGAGAUGAUGAUUCCUGGAUGCCUUUGCUGUGGUUACAGUGAUCAUUAUAGUGUAGAGUUACUGUGAAAAGUGCUUCCCUUGUGCUUCCCAGUGUUUUUUUAUGUGCAGAGUGGUGUUUUCCUUAGUAUGGGGUCCCUGCUAGGAAAGAAAAACAUUUGAGUGGAUUUCAGGAGUGUUUACCACCUGAUGGCAUGUACGUAUUUCCUCUGUAGCCUCCAUUAAAAGUACAUAAUGUUCUUUCUGGAAAAGCUGACAGGCAGAGUGCUAAACAUCACAUUGUCUCACAUGAUGAGAUAAACAUGUCUAUAAUUCAUGCAGAUGCACUGCUAGAUAAGGCCGUCAGCAGCCUGUUUUUAACACAUUCUGGCUGUGGUGGGUGCAUUUGUUUACCUGCCAGUUUUCACUGGUUGCCAUUGCCAGUGGACAAAGGUUUACCGCUGUCACCAUAGAGAGAGCUCUAGAAAACACAUGACCAUCAGCUCCAUCAAUAACUGUAUAAUAAAGGGGUACUACUGUGAAAGGAUUCAGCCAGCCAUGCACUGAAAAGAGAUCAGAUUUACAUCAAACACAACUGAGGAGAGGCUGCUGUGGAGGUCCACAAAGCCCAAUGAUUUUCAUCACCAAGGGAGGGGGGUGCAAUCUAUUCAACUCUCAGGGCCGAUGCAAACAUGCCCAGAGUAACGUUUAAAAAAUGCCGCCUGUUGUUUGACACUAUUUUGUUUCGUUUUGUAAAUAUAUGAAAUAAAAUAAUGAUAUAUUGCAAAA